AUGAAAGGAGCUGGAAAGUCGCUUGAAAGCAAACAGUACAAUCAAUUAACAGAAUCAGACUAUCUUUCAAGAAGAACAGCAAUACUGGCAAUCAUGGAGUUAUUGGCAAAGUUUGAUAGUAUCAUGCAGGAGCAUGUUCGUCGAAUAACCAACAAUCAAUUGCCAAAUCAUUAUUUAAGCAACAGGAUUCAAAAUGAGCUAAUUAUACUUAUGUCGAGAAAAAUACAAACUGAAAUUAUUUAUUGUCUAAAGGUGGCAAAAUAUUUUGUCCCCAUAUUGGAUUGCACUCCAGACUUUGCCCAUAAAGAGCAAAUGACUGUAGUGGUACGUUUUGUCGAAACUUCAGAAAGUUUCGCAACAAUUAAAAAAUAUAUUUUGGAUUUCCUGGUAGCUGAAGAUCAAACAGGUAAACAAAUUACAAAACUAUUUACUACUUUUCUGACUAAAAACAGCAUAAAUAUUGAUGACUGCAGAGAACAAGGAUAUGACAAUAGAAGCAACAUGAAAGGUUGCAUCAAACGAGUGCAAACACGAAUUCCGGAACAUAACCUUUUGUCUUUCUUCUCUCCAUGUGGUGCCCACUAA